AUGGGGAAGUCUAAAGAAAUCAGCCAAGACAUCAGGAAGAGAAUUGUGGACCUCCACAAGACUGGUUUCCUGCUGCACGGCUCUGCUGAUCCUCUCACUGCCCGGCUGGGAGGAGCUGUACUGCUGCCCUGCUUUGCCGACAGACCCCUGCCUUUGGAGGAGCUGGAGGUGGAGUGGAGAAGGACUGACACAGACACCAUCUUGCACCUAUUCCUGGGGGGUCAGAGCAGACCUGAAUCGCAGGGGGAUGCCUACAGGGGCAGAACCCACUUACUCCCUCAGGAAAUCCCCAAAGGAAACUUCUCUCUGCUGCUGCAGGAUGUGGGGGCUGCAGAUGCAGGAGUGUACAAGUGUGUGGUUUACAGAGAGCAGGAGCGCCAUGAAACACGGGUGCGAAUACAGGAAGUAGAGCGGCUGGUGGUGACGGGUGCAGACGAGCCGGUCUAUGCACAUGCUGGGGCGGAUGUGACUCUCAGCUGCACUGUGGGGACCCAUGUCAGUGUGACAGAGCUUCAGGUGACAUGGAUAAAGACAGACGGUGACAUCUUGGUGCUGCUGUACGCUGAUGGAAAGAGCAGACCAGGGACUCAGCAUAAGAAUUACGCUGGAAGAGCUGAAUUCUUCGCUGCAGAAAUUCCCAAAGGAGACUUCUCAAUGAGACUGAGGGAAUUCAGGACUGAAGACGAAGGAGAGUUUAUGUGUGAAGUCCAGACAGAUGCUGAUUCUGCCAGUACGACUGCCAGGAUAGUAGCACUGGAGUAUUCAUCCCUGUAUCGGUUGAAUCUGGGGCUGUGCAUCGCUGUCACACCUGUAGUCCUACUUACUGGUAUUUUCUCCAUCUGGCAUUUUAUAAAGGAAAGUAAAAGCAGACAGGCUGUGUUGUGUCACUGGUCACAUGUCAUAGCUCCACCAAUCAUGACGUCCUCAGCCUUCAUCCUGUGGGGUCUAACUGAAGGAUCCACAGGAGAGGCUGUUACUUGUGCUGUCGUCAGUCUGCUCAGUGUCCUGCUGUUGUUUAAUAUGGCUCCGUAUCAGGGAUUAUUAACAGACAGGAUGGGUGUGAUUAAAUACAUGGCCCUGUCUUUAGGAAGCUCCAUCACUGUCACAGCCAUAUGCACUGGUUCUUUCAUUGAGUUUUCAGCAAAUUAUUCCCCAUCUCCAGCUGAGAAAGCAAUACUUGGGGGCAUUUUUGGUGAAAUCGUAUUUAUCUUCAUCGUUUUUCUUUUAUUGCGAAUUGUUGCCUUUGCGUCUUUGACAAAAGUUUUCUUAAAUCUUGGCUGUGUAAUAGUAAUAAGCGCAGUCCUGUAUCCGCUCAUCGUAGUUUCAUCUAUUAUUGCUGUCAGUGUUUUUCUGGCAAAAAAUUACUCAGGUGCAAAUUGGAAUGAACUUGGAACAUUAGUAACAAUGUUACUGAUUCCCAUCUUCAUGGUUUUAUUGCCACUUGGUUUCAGUGUGUUUAGGGUAAUACACUCCCUGCGGACAACUGGGAAAGUACGACUUAGACAAAUCCUUCUAAUCUGGGCAGAUUUUACGUGUCGUCCCACGCUGCUUAACAUGCUCUUCCUGGCUCUUUACUCCCAAUUCUUUGCCUUGAUGCGAAACACAUUCAUAUUGGGAUAUUCCCUUUCAGUCCCAGUGGCUGCUUUGGGAUUCUGUGCCUGCAUAUUUAUUGGGGAUUUUUUGCAGACUCUUGAUAGGUCAUUGGAGCGGUUUUACUAUCUGGCUCAGAAAAUCCUUUUGGGGAUUUUCUUCAUACUUCACCUAAUAUUAAGUUUCCUGUAUUUAACUCUCAUUCUAGAAAGUGACAAAGGACGGCCUGUCAGGAUGUGUGAGUUUGUCUUCAUCUACAUUCUGAUGCUCACAUCAUGUUUUCGAGUCUGGCAUCGGGAUAAAUUACUUGCCAAACCCUGUAAAUAUCUAUAUUUCUCGGGGGCUUUUGGUCUCCCGCUCCUGAAUUCUGUGGCCCUGGCUGUAGUAUUAAAACUCAAAGCAGACACAGGAAAACAGCCCUGUCUGGACCUGCGGCUGAUUGUCCUGAAUUCUGGGUCUGUCCUCCUAUUUGGCUGGUUAGUUAUACAGAUGUCUGCAUACUGUAAGUAUAACAGGCUUAUGAUUCAGAUUGAAUAUGUGUACUGGGACUUUUCCAGCCUAUAGACAGCUUUCCAGUCAUUGUUUCCAUCUCCCCAUGUCUCAGUCACAGAGAGAGAAGCGUGAAAGGCAGCAAACCAGUACAAAAGCAAGGACACUAAUCAACAGAAAACUGAGUAAUCACUCAGUAGUUACUCUGAGUAACUGUCCCUAACAGUAUUGUAUAUAUAGUAACAUUUAAUCAGACCUGCGUGUCCUGCAUUAACCCAGAUGAGUAUUAUAUCAUCUGUUACCAAAGUGUUACUAAUUCACGGCUAAUUCAUUCCUUGGAGCUGUUUUGGUUUUCCUUUAUGAUGCUGUGUCAGUGGUGCAGGACUGUAAUGGUCUUCCAGCCAGUAGGGGGCAGUGAGGCUAUAAUGGGGAGCCCUGUAUACUACAAAGGGAGAUGUAUAAACACAUCCUCAGUGAUACAGCACAUAUGUCUCUGUAAUAGGAACCUUUCACUUAUAAAUAUGCAAGUAAGCAUUAGUUCUUAUUACUCAGUAUCGUUACUUAUUACAGUGGUACUUCAGAACUCGAACUUAAUCCGUUCAGAACUCUGGAUAAAAUCCUAAAAAGUUCACGUUCUGGUCAAAUUUUCCCCAUAAGAAAUAAUGUAAAACCAAUGAAC